AUGUAACAAUUUGAUACAGAAUUUGGAAGAUUGUUUUAUUGCAUUUAUACAUUGCAUAAACGAUAACUUAUUAGUUAAGAAAGAAAAGGAAGAUUGAAAGGUUUCUACUUUUAUGACUGUAGAUUUGCUCAUAACAACAGAUGAUCGAAUGGCUCCUUUAUUAACUAAUUUGAAAUAAUAUAAUGAAUAAUAAGUGCAUGAACACUUAUUAAUGAUUGUAGAUUCCCCUCAUGAUACAAAUAUCAAAUAAGAAUCUGAACCUUCUGAUGAAAAUUAAUCAACCAAAUCCACUCGAACAUUAAGAAAUAUUAAACCAAAAAACAUUCAUAUUGAAAAGAGUACAUUCAAAUUGGCUGAAAAAAGUCCAGGCCCUUUGAGUACAAGAUCAUCAUAAAAAAGGACUUCAUCAUCCAUUAAAAAUUCUUGA